GCUAGGACAGUCUUCAUUCAGUUUCAGUGCUGUAUCUCAAAAGGAGUUCGUCUCAGAUGUCCGUCACAAAAUAUUUACAAACAAAGUGAGUGACAUCUGUCUUCAAAGAAUGGACCAUCAGAUUGACGACCCAAAGCUUGCUUUUGCUUACCUCCGUCCAGCAUGUGUGCUCCUAACUCAUGAGCCCACGGUGGGCAAUGUGGAAACCCUGAGCACACAGCUGAGGCAUGUAAAUCAUGGAACUCUGCAGCAGCUGCAGGACUAUGUCCUUUUUCCUCUCCGCUUCAUCCUGAAAAUCCCUGGCCCCAAGCGGGAUGGCUUGAUCCAGGCUGUGGCCGAGGCCAUGGGAUAUGUCCUGGAGAACACCUGUGUACGGAGCUGGGAGACGCUGAGGGACCUUCUCUCAGAGCUCUGCCUCUGCCUCUGCUCCCCCACGGACCCAGGGAAGCCAGCACCUACCUCAGAGGAGCUGAGAGCUGCAGUACUGAGGUGCCUGGAUGCUCUGCUCCAUGCAGCCUAUGGUGACGUGGUCUUCAAGCUGUUUGAGCCCAUCAUGCUGCCUGGCCUUGGGGCUGCUAUCUCCCUGCUGCUGGCACUGGGAGAGCAGGAGAAGUCCCGCACCGUGCAGGCUGCUGCUCUGAAAUGCCUGCAGGCCCUGACCCUCCAGUGUGACUGUUCUAUGGACCAUGUGUUGGUGGGUCAGAAGGAGAGGCGUAUCCUAGGCAGUACCAUGGCUUCUUUCUUACCUGGGAUCACCAUCGCUGUGAGCCGUGUGAUCACUGGCGAUAUGAGACAUGGACAUGCUGUCACAGUUAGGGCCAUUAAGGUGUGGUUCAAGACAGUGGGAUUGGUGAUGGCUGACGACCAGCUUCAGAACACAGGGACUGGGGAGAGACAGCUGUGGGAACUGGGGAGAGUAUGGGAGCUGGUAGUGCAGAGAACUCAGGACUGGGUGCGAAACACCUCUGGGAGGCUGGCCUUACUGUUAAAAAAGAUCAUCUCCUGCACCUCAGCCCAUCAGCACUGGAGAGUGAGGCUUGAGAUGGUGAACUUCUCAGACCACCUCCUGGCCAACUGUAGCUCCUCCCUGGGUGAGUGUGUGGGCCCCCUCCUGGAGGCUCUGGUGGGGGCUGUGAACGAUGAGGAGCCCACUGUGAGGGAGAGGUGUGAGGCUGCCCUGAGGGAGGUGGCAGAGAGGCAUCAGAGCUCAGAUAGUAACAACCAGGCCUUUACUGACGUGCUGUCAGAGAACCUCCACUCCCUGGCCACCUCGCUGCCGCGCCUCAUGAGGACGUCUGAUGACCAGCGUAAGGUGUUUGUCCUCAACGUGUUCCUGGGCUACCUCAAAAUCCUGGGCCCCAAGGUGAUAGUGGUACUCAACUCGGCGGCCCACCUCCAGCGGGUGUCCAAGGCCCUGAUGCAGGUGUUGGAGUUAGACGUGAUGGACGUACGCAUCGUGGAGGAGAGGAGCUCUGCCGUAACUGUGGAGACGGGGCCCGGACCACAUGGGGCACAUGCUCAGAGGAAGCACUUCCUCUACUUCACAGACGAAAGAAUCUUCUCCCUGCUCAAGGAGAUCUGCAGGGUGUUAGGUUACUAUGGGAACGUCUAUCUCCUAGUAGAUCACUUCAUGGAUCUGUACAAGGAGUCGUCAGUCUACAGGAAGCAAGCUGCAAUGGUGCUGAAUGAGGUGAUCACAGGAGCAGCAGGCAUCGGUGUGGCAGGAGGCCAGGAGAGGCAGGGAGUGCCCAGUCAGGAGGACCUGAAAGCAGUAGUAGAAUCCAUCAUAGAGGAGUACAUCUGCCUGAGCCACUGGCACCUGCCAACCCUUAUUGGUGAGGAGUCAGACAGAGGGGAACAGGAGCAGCAAACUCAGUUUAGUCUCUUCUCCAUAUCUAAUGGGGUUGAAGGGAAAGGGAAUCCCCUCCAGUUGGUCCAAGCAGUCCACAAGAGCUCCACCAUCCACGAGCUGAACAGCAACAUCUGGCAGAUCUGCAUCCAGUUGGAGGGGAUAGGCUGCUUCGCCCAGGCCUUGGGGAUGGACUUCCGUCUCAUUCUGAUGACAUCACUGUACCCGGUUCUGGAGAAGGCCGGGGAUGAAACCCUGAUGGUCAGCCAGGCAGCGCUGGAUGCCAUGUGGGACAUCAGCCAGGCCUGUGGAUACGCCUCCCUGAAGGAGCUGAUCAAUGAGAACUCAGAUUACCUGCUGAACGACGUGUCUUUGAACCUCCAGAGGCUGGGUGUCCACCCCCAUGCCCCCAGGGUCCUCACCGUCAUGUUCAGUCACUCCGACCCCAGCCUGCUGCCUCUGGUGGGGGACAUAGUCCAGGACGUGCUGCUGGCUCUGGACAUGAGCUACGACGAGACAUCCCCUCUGUUCUGCACUGUACUGCACUCACUUAUGAAGGCUCUAGCGAGGUGGUUCCCCUCUAGUGUUGCGGGAACAAGUGACGCUUUGGGAACCAAGAAGGUGUGGCGUGAGCAGGACCAGCUGAAUGUGCGCCAGUUUCUCCUGGACUACCACAAACAGAAGGAGCUGGCAGUGGGCAUCGGGGCAGAGGAGGAGGGCACCGAGCACCCAGAGCUCCCGCCAAGCAUGGACUGUGAAGAGGAUAUGGAUGGUCCUGAUGUGAAAGUUGAGCUUCCAGCCCACAUCACCAUAGCUAAAGACGUCAUGGAGCGCUGCAUUCACCUGCUCUCAGACCCCAGCCUGAGACUCAGACUCAAGGUCCUGGAUGUGUUGGAACUUUGUGUGUGUGUGCUAAGUCAGAAGGAGAAUGAGCUACUGCCCAUGGCCCACCGCUGCUGGCCUGCCCUGCUGCUCAGACUUACUGCUGAUGACCCAUUAGCUGUCCUCCGAGCCUUCAGGGUUCUGUGCACAUUGGGGGAAACCUGCAGAGAUUUCCUGAGGAAGAGGGUGUCAAAAGAGGUGAUCCCCAAGCUGACUGCCUGGCUGUCCAAACAGGCGCCAGUGAGUGCCAGGGCUGGCCCAGUCUACAGCCACACCCUGGCCUACAAGUUACAGCUGGCUGUGCUGCAGGGCCUGGGGGCUCUCUGCCUUCAUCUGGACCUAGGGGACUCAGAUAUGGAUGCUGUAACUGAAUCCUGCCUGCCCUACCUCAGCUGCAGACAGCCACCCAAACUGCAAGAGGCCUGUCUGAGUGUCUUCCUCCGCCUAAUAGAAGUGGAUCCUGAUGCCUUCUGGUUGACUCUGAACGAGCUGUACUGUCCCUGCUCCUACAACCCGCCCCACCCUGACCUGCAGCCUGUGGAGCUAAGUGGGAUGGGCCUCCCGAGGAAUGAAUACACAGAUAAUGUCUUGAAACUCCUGGAGGACUUUGGCUUGCCUGAGGACACACAGCCAGCAGGGAUCCAGAUCCAGUGAGCUGCGCUGAUGAACAGUACCCCAGUCCUCCACCCGUCUGUCCCCAAGCAGAGAAAGGAACACUACACUGACGACAGCCUCAGGAGAGCAUAGCUUGUCCUAGUCUUCCCCCAACCUCUUUUCAGGGACUCUGCCUUGCAGACUUCAUCCUAUAGUUUAACAGUGACUUUGAAACACCAAAAUGUUAAGUGCUGAUUCUGUUCUGUUGUGUUGGUUAAGGGUGUACAUAUUCCAAUGUGCUGCCAAGGGAUGGACAAACGACCAGUAUUUUGAAUUUAAAGGAAAAAAAGUAUUAGUAAUUAAUAGUCCUCUUUUUAAUAAACAAUUAUUGUUUUUUUUAUUAUAA